UGUGACGCGCAAUGUGCGAGACGUUCAAACGCAAGCAGGAAUAUACGUCGAUGUAAAUAAUGCGUUCAGUUAUUCAUACUGCCACGAGGUUUUCUGCAGCCUUCUUCUCUUCACAGUCCUCUCGGAAAAGCACGUCUUUAUUAACAGCUGCUUCCAUUCAUUUGAGAAAAAUGGCGCAUUAUCUUACAGAGCUGAGAGGACGACCAAACUCUACUGACUACAGGGUUUACUUGAAAACUUCAGAUGGAAAGUACAUAUCCCCUUUCCAUGACAUUCCUCUGUAUGUUGCUGAUGAACAGGAAUGUGGUGUUCCACCAAAGAAGUUAAAAAUGAAUGAGAUAUUGUUUAAUAUGGUUGUAGAAGUACCUCGUUGGUCAAAUGCCAAGAUGGAGAUAACAACAAAGGAACCACUAAACCCAAUCAAGCAAGAUGUGAAGAAAGGCAAGCUACGUUAUGUUGCUAACAUUUUUCCACACAAAGGUUACAUUUGGAACUAUGGUGCACUUCCACAGACAUGGGAAGAUCCUAGCCAUACUGACAAGGAAACCAUGUGCUGUGGAGACAAUGACCCCAUAGAUGUGUGUGAGAUUGGCUCGAAGGUGUGUGUAACAGGGCAGGUGAUUCAGGUUAAAGUUCUUGGAAUUCUGGGUUUGAUAGAUGAAGGAGAGACUGACUGGAAGGUAAUAGCCAUCAAUAUAGAGGACCCUGAUGCAUCAAGGCUUAACAGCAUUGAGGAUGUGAGAAAGAUUAAGCCUGGUCACCUUGAGGCUACUGUGGAUUGGUUUAAAAAAUAUAAAGUGCCAGAUGGGAAGCCUGAGAACCAGUUUGCAUUCAAUAGACAGUUCAAGGAUAAGGACUUUGCUAUAGAAGUCAUAAAAUCAACACACAGCUACUGGAAAGCAUUAGUGAUGAGAAAAAAGAGGAAUGGUGAUGAGAUUGUUUGUCAAAACACUUCCUUAUGUGAGAGUCCAUUCAAAUGCAGUGAUGCAGAGGCCAGUACUGUAGUUGAAGCUGCUCCAGAAUAUGGGGAACCCCUCCCAGUACCAUCUGAAGUGGACAAAUGGCACUUCUUCACAAAGUAAAAGAUCAUUAACUCUUUGCAGUGUGAUCUCAGAAGGAGGUAGAAAAGGCCAGAAGAUGCCUUUCCUGGGUUCAGUAAUGUCCCUGGUGCAAAGAUUUUUGUUUUAUAAAUGUUUUAUUUUUUAAAACAUUGCUUUAUUUAUUAGAACAAGACAUACACACCCGCACACCCCUCUCAUUCAUUUGGUGAAAUGACCAAGUUAUUUUUGUAGUAACAUCGGUAAACAUGUUUCUAUAAACAAA